AUGGCGUCUGCUCCAGAAACCUGCUGCAUCUGCCUGACCAAGUAUACGGAAGAAGUCACCCUGAGAUGUGGACACAGCGUCUGCCAGGGGUGCAUUGAUCAAUUCCAGGACACACAGGCAGAGUCUAAAGUAAACUUCUGUCCCAAGUGCAAAGAACCUGAGGAACAUCCCUCCCCAAACACCUGGACUUGGAGGAAUGAAGUUGAGGAACUCCCGUCUUCUCAGGCUUCCCUAUGUGACGACCACCUAAGAGUCCACAUCAAGAGCCCAGAACAUGUCUUAUCUAAGCCCACCACUGUUCUGGAGGAGCAGAAGUGCUCUGUACAUAAGAAGAUCCUGGAGUAUUACUGCAAUGAGGAUGAGACUUGUAUUUGUGUGUACUGCCUGGCUGAGACGCACAGGACACACCAGCUGGAGCCACUAAACGAGGCCACCGAAAAGAGGAAGGAGAGACUAAAAGAUGUUCUACAAACACUAGACACAAAGAGAGAAAAGACAGAUAAAGAGAUCCAGAAUUUACUGAAACGUCAGAAUGAGAUUCCUGACAAAGUGGUGACCUUCUUAGAUGGUGUCAAGAAAAAUGAUGCAGAGGAGACUGACAAAAAUAUCCACAGCUCUGGGAACCUCAAUCAUUUCCUAAUAGCUCUGACCAUAUAUGAUGGUUUAGACAACAUUGUGACAAAGGCAAAGGAGGACUUUUACGUAAUUGAGUCUUCAGAGAUAUUACUAGAUAAAAGUACUGCAGCCAAUAACGUGGCCAUUACAGAGGACCUCAAAUCCGCCACGUGGUCAGUGAUGAGUCAACGCCGAAAAGAAACGCCCAAGAGGUUCCAACAAUAUCAAGUUUUCAGCAUCCAGGGAAUUCUUUCAGGACAACAUUACUGGGAAGUGGAGGCCAGUGAAGCAGAAUACUGGAUGGUGGGCAUGGCUUACCCCAGUAUGGAGACUAAAGGGGAACAGUCGUGGAUAGGGAACAAUAAGAGGUCCUGGUGCUUCUGCAGGUGGCAUGAGGAGUACUCCAUACGACAUAACAGUAAAGACAUUCAGCUCUUCUCCGGUAUGUCUUCUAAUCGUUAUGGGAUACAUGUGGACUAUGACUCAGGCCAGCUGUCCUUUUACCACCUGUGUGAGCCCAUCAGACAUUUAUACACUUUCAGUGGAACCUUCACCGAGCCCCUCCAUGCUGCAUUCUGGGUAAAUGAUAAUGGGUGGAUAAAAAUCAGGAAAUCAUGA